AGAAAGAGAGUUAAAUAGAGAGGGAUAGAGAGAGGAGAGAGAGAAGAACACAGACAAAGCUGAUGACAACUCAGAAACAGGGCUCUUGGGAUGUGUUAACUUUACUGAGGCAAGCUGGUUUCUCUUUGUUGCUGUAGACGGAAUGCCCAAAUUCAGAGGACUAAAAUCUCAACCAAGCUUCUGAGCAAGUUUGGAUUUAUUCCCAUUUGGCUGACGGUCAUUCUCGCUGUCGUGUGAGGAACCUCCACCUACAUUGUCUAUAUAAGGACUUCCUUUCUGCUGCAAUGGGAAGUUGCCAUCUUGGUACCAACUAAGAGUCGGCUCCAGAGAGAAUCCAGCUUCACACAGUGUUGGCUAAGGAACAUUACUUGAAACAUUUUAUUUUCCAUGAAAUUAGAGAAACCCUUAAUGUUUUCUUUCCAGGAGAAAUUAUGAACAUGUUGCUAAAGUGAGGUGCAGUCAAAGAAGAUUUUUUAUUUUUUUUAAAUUGAAAAGCUUCGGUGCCCGUUUUGGAUUAAAAAAAUAAUAAAAAGCCCAGAAACACUGAAGGUUUCUCCUCAUUUGGAGCCAUGUUCGGUUCAUGUCUUCCCCCUACACCCUACCACGUCCCACGCUCGGUCUUUUUCUUUGGAGUGCUCCUUCUUGUCCACUUGGGGCCCUCAGAGGGCCAGAAUGACACAGAACCAAUUGUGUUGGAGGGAAAGUGUCUGGUGGUGUGCGACUCCACACCAUCUGCAGAACCAUCGGGUAACGCUCUGGGCAUGUCCGUGAGGUCAGGAACUGGUCGGGUGGCAUUUUCAGCGAUCCGUAACACCAACCAUGAACCAUCAGAGAUGAGCAACCGUACCAUGACCAUCUACUUUGACCAGAUCUUAGUGAACGUCGGCAGCCAUUUUGACCCAGCGAGGAGCAUCUUUGUGGCACCCAGAAAAGGAGUCUACAGCUUCAGCUUUCAUGUUGUGAAAGUUUACAACCGUCAGACAAUACAAGUGAGUUUAGUCCUCAACGGCUGGCCUGUGAUCUCAGCCUUCGCAGGUGACCAGGACGUGACCAGAGAAGCUGCCACCAAUGCCGGGCUAGUGAUGAUGGAGAGAGGGGACAAGGCUUACCUCAAACUGGAAAGGGGGAACCUGAUGGGUGGGUGGAAGUACUCCACCUUCUCUGGGUUUCUGGUGUUCCCCUUGUAGAUGGGAUAAUGAGAGAUGGUGUUCUUGUGGUUGCCGUCAGGGUAAAACAUAGAGGUUGUUUUGUUCCUUUAAAGCCUUUGGCAUAAAGGAGGAUGAAUUUAUGGAUAAACUGCUUUGAUGAAUGGGUGUAUUGCACCAAAUAAUGCAAUAAUGUAACUCUGUGAAGGUUCCCAGUCAUCCAGGUCAUGGUAUAUCCCAAAACAAAGCUUAAACAGGGGCAACUAGACUUUUACCUUCUUAAGUUCUGUUUUUCUUAACUUUGGAGUCAGAAGAAACUACUUGGAAGGGUGGUGCAAUGUCUUCAAGAAACCCAACAGGUCCAGUUGACUUUGUUUUAGCAUUACUGUUCUUUGGGAUAAAUCUGAAUGUAAAUUCCAUUUCCAUUGCACUUUUACGACUUAUUGUCUUUUGUCCAACACGUAGACUGUGAUGUGUUGUCAUUGCUUGCGUUCAACCAGAUGUUGGUUUUCAUUCGUCCAAGCUUUAAUGCAUGACAGAUAAAUGUUUUUAGCAAUAAAGAACAUUACUGCGUC